GUAUGUACAGUAGGCAUUAGUGAUUAGUCGUAUUUCUAUUCUAAGAAACUGGAUAAAGCAACGACAGUAAAAGUGAAGAAGCAGCUGAAAUUAAUGUAAUUUGAGAGAAACGAACUCACUUUACGAUGGUGAUCCGGAGAAAAGUGUGGCCGCGGACUAUCAGCGAUCUGCUGUCAAUGGCCUUCGUCCUGACUGUAGCACCACUCAUGUACUGGUUUGGAUUGUGGAUAGUCUUACCAGAAUUGUACAGGGACGCGAGCUUGACGUACAUGUUCCAUUUCGUCCUUGGCAACUUCAUUAUGUUGAAUAUUGUAGGUAACUUUACGUAUACGGUGCUGUGCGACACCAGCACCAGUGGGCAGAUAGUACCAGUAAGCACUGCGAAGGCAGCGGACGGUUGGAGGCUUUGCGCAGCCUGUGAAUGCUUGUCACCGCCACGCUCGUGGCAUUGCAAUACCUGUGAUACCUGCAUCCUCAAACGCGAUCACCACUGCGUAUUCACUGGCUGUUGCAUAGGCUAUUACAAUCAUAGGUACUUUGUCAUGUUCCUGUGGUACCUGUUCCUUGGUGCAGCGUAUGCCUUCUGCUACGGCAAUCUCUUCAUUUGGAGCAGGAUACCCUUCGAAUUUCCAAUGUCUAUCGUCAAGAUGAUCUUUCCCGUCGCAAUCUUCUUCUUUGGCUUCGACAGCUCCAUCGAUCAAUUCUACUUGUUGCUGUAUGUCAUGUCGGCGGUGGGCACUUUAUAUACCGGAGUGUUGUGCAUUUAUCACUUUAAUUUGAUUCUCAGGGGCAUUGUGGGCAAUGAGAGCAACAGGAAAGAUUUUACGUAUAAUAUGGGUUGGAAGGACAACAUUAGGGAGGUAUUUGGAGAACGAUGGUAUCUAACAUGGCUGCUUCCUUAUAUAAAGUCACAGUUGCCUCACGAUGGAAUUUCAUGGCAUCACUUGUGUUUGAAAAAAGAUUGAAUUACUGUGAUUAAGUGUUGUGAUUCUUUUCAAAUUAUGAGAUGCGUUACAAACAUUAAAGAGUAUCAAAGAUACCUUGAUGGCCAAAGAACAGACUAAUUUCAAUGGUUAAAAAGACUUGACUUUUUUAAACACGAAGCAUACUGACUGAAGUAAUUAAUAAUUUAUUACACUUUAAAGCAUAUUAUCUAUUCUGUGUAACUGUUGUAAACAAGAUU